AUGGGCUGGUUCUGGCCUGACGCCCAACCAAACGCUGACAAGAACAGCUCCGACCCCUUCCACCGCCUCGACCCCCAAGUCCGCGAGUUCCUCCUCCGCGAAUCACCCCUCAAGCCCGCCCCCGCCCCCACCAACACCAGCACCACCAGCACCACCACCGCCCCCAAACCCGCAGACCCCACCACCCCAGAAGCAGACCCAAGAACAGCAACAGCGCCAACACCCUCCAAAUACGGCGACCGCUACGCCGACAUCUGGGCGCAGUACCAGCCGCCAUCAACACAAGACGCGGCAAAGUCCGCGUCCGAGCAGCUCACCGACAUCAUCAAGGCGUACCAGUGGCGCAAGGGCGCGAUCGGGCGCGCGGCGCUCGAGAACUGCGCGAACGAGCAGUGGGCGCUGCAUGACUGCUACCGCAACGGCACGUUUGCGGAGCGCAUGACGGCGUGCUCGGGGAAGAGUAGGAGACUGAAUGAGUGCUAUGUUAGUCAGGCGAACUUCUUGAGGGCGAUGGGAUACAUGUCGGACUACAGCCGCGACCCGGCUGUCGACGAGAGGAUCCAGAUGCAUGCCGAUAAGCUGUACCAGGAGCAGGUCAAGCAGGACGAGAUGGCGGCCGCGGCAAAGAAGGAGCCCUUCAUCUCAGACCCGCCGUCAUCAGAAGAAGAGAAGUCUCUAUAA